AUGGCGACAGCUCUGUGCUCGCGGACUCUGCUCCGCAGUCGAAUGGUUAUCAUCCCCAAAUCCACAAUCAGAGUCCAACAACCUCUCCGGCCACGCCAAUUCUCAUCUUCAUCAACAAACCGAAACACCAAACCUACCAACACCUCGCUCUAUGCUUCAUCCUCCAUCCUCUCCAAAAUCCGCCCAAACACAUUCACCACCAACAACAUCGCCUCCACCCGCAAAUUCUCCUCCACCCCGCGAGUCAACGCAACCUACAACCAAGUCCGCCGCGGCUGCCGCAAAGAACAACGCGCCCGCCGUGGCCGUUCCCCAGCACUCGCUAACAGACCCGAAAUGAAGGGCGUCUGCCUCAAGACCGGAAUUACAAAACCCAAAAAGCCCAACUCCGGAGAACGCAAGACUGCUAGGAUACGAUUGAGUAGUGGGAGAGUGGUGACGGCUUAUAUCCCCGGUGAAGGACAUAAUGUGCAGCAACAUAGUGUUGUUAUGGUUCGAGGAGGUCGAGCACAGGAUUGUCCCGGUGUGAAAUAUCAUCUUGUUCGGGGGACGUUGGAUUUGGGAGGUGUUGCCAAUCGAUUGACCAGUCGGUCAAAGUAUGGUACGAAGAAGCCCAAGGCUGAGUAG